AUGGCUCUAACUAAGGAGUGUAGUUCAUUUCUGCAUGACAAGUUGCCACCAAAGUUGAAGGAUCUUGGGAGUUUCACUAUUUCAUGUACUAUUGGAGACACUUAUUGUGGGAUGGCUUUAUGUGAUUUGGGUGCUAGCAUUAAUUUGAUGCCAAUGUCUGUUUUCAAGCAAUUGGCGAUUGGAGAAGUCAGGCCUACUACAGUUACUCUUCAACUUCCAGAUAGAUCUCUUUCUCAUCCAAAUGGGAGGAUUGAAGAUGUGUUGGUGAGGGUAGACAAAUUCAUAUUCCCUGUUGAUUUUAUUGUGCUAGACUAUGAGGCGGAUAGAGAAGUGCCUAUUAUUCUAGGGAGGCCAUUUCUUGCAAUAGGAAGAACUUUGAUAGAUGUGCAAAAGGGUGAGAUUACUAUGAGGGUCCAAGAUGAAAAAGGUGACUUUUAA